UCCCAAAUAUUAAUUCGCCAAUGCGACAGGCAAAACCUAUCAAAUUUGGGCUCUGCCAUUGCGCUAAACGCUGCGUAAUUGGUGGAUUUUGAAUUCUGAAAAAAGAGGACAGCAGCAGUUAAGAACAUGGAGGCGAAGAUCAACCAAUUCUUUGAGUGCAUUAUUACCUUCCUCAAUGGUGGUGACCAACUUCCUUGGUGCUCUCCUGACGUCAUUCUCGGCUAUGAAAAAGAAGCAGCAGAUGCUACAAAAGGCGGCAGUGAUGAAGAAAAGAAUGAGAGUAUUAUGAGGUUGUCAUGGGCGCUUGCCCAUUCCAAACAACCUGAAGAUGUGCAACGAGGGAUAGCUAUGCUUGAGGUUUCACUUGCUAACUCAAAUAGUCCACUACAGAAGCGAGAAAAGCUUUAUCUUCUAGCUGUUGGAUAUUACAGAAGUGGGGAAUAUUCAAGGAGCAGAGAGCUUACAGGUCACUGUUUGGAGAUUGCGCCUGAUUGGAGACAGGCGUUGUCGCUUAAGAAGGUUAUUGAAGAUAGAAUCACAAAGGAUGGUGUUAUUGGUAUAGGAAUUACAGCAACUAUUAUAGGACUUAUUGCUGGUGGAAUUGCAGCUUCAUUGAUCCGAAGAAACUGAGCUUCAUUACCCAAAACAACCCUCCGACGUUAUUAACCACUUAUUAAAAUGCCUCAAAAUUCUCAAUUUCAAUUGAAAAAAGAAGUUGCUCUGUAUUCCAUUUCCUUUCAUCGAGUCUGCCAGUGUUCUGUAGAACGAACGAUGACAGGUCAAGUGGCUGAGAUGCUCAAAUAGUCUUGGAUUUCAAGAAUUACUUGUGGUUUUUUGUAGACUUGUUUGGGUAAAGAAUCACUUCAGAAUUACUAGUUAUAUAGAUGUUACAUACUCUUGAUCACCACAUACUUAAGCAUUGUGCUAGCUUUUUAAUACCAGUGUGAUUUC